AUGGCGCAAGUUGGGAACGAUGAUGUUGGUAAUGGAGAUCGUGAUGAAGAUCUAGCAGCGAGAGCACUCGAGAUGCAAGGAGCUCGAGGAAGGGAGAAACAUUUACAAGGGAAAUACAUAGGGCAGUUGGUUUUUUGGAUUCUUGGAUUUGGAUCCAUCAUUGCAUGGAACGCCAUGCUAGCAAUCGGAGAUUACUACUAUGAUCUCUUCCCGGAUUACCAUCCUGCCAGGGUUUUCACCCUUGUCUACCAACCCUUCGCGCUUGGAACAAUGGCGAUUCUAACUUACAACGAGGCAAGGAUCAACACAAGAAAGCGGAACAUAGUGGGCUACCUAUUGGCUUCUGCCAGCACUUUGAUGCUGCUUCUUCUGGAUCUUGCCACUUCAGGCAAGGGAGGGAUCGGACCUUUCGUAGGAAUCUGUGCCGUCGUUGGAAUCUUCGGAGUCGCAGAUGUCCAGGUGAACGGCGGGAUGGUCGGUGACCUGUCUCUGAUGUGCCCUGAAUUCAUCCAGUCCUACUAUGCUGGCAUGGCUGCAUGUGGCGCCAUGACCGCAGGCUUAAGGUUGAUCACGAAAGCCGCUUUUGAAAAUGCUAGUUAUGGCCUUCGCAAUGGAGUUCUUUUGUUUAUGGCGAUCUCGACAUCCAUGGAAUUCCUCUGUUUUUUGCUCUACGCAUUCUACUUACCCAAAAUCCCCAUAGUUAAUUACUACCGCAAUAAAGCGUCCAUGGAAGGAUCCAAGACGGUGUCAGCUGACCUUAAGGCUGCUGGCAUACACACACCAACUACCAAUCAGGGAGAAAGAGGCUCCAAACCACAUGUUCGACUAAGCAGCAAAGAGUUACUAAUUCAGAACAUGGAUUACGCAACAGUCUUGUUUCUUGUUUACAUGCUGACGCUGUCAAUCUUUCCUGGAUUCAUCUCGGAAAACACCGGCACCCAUCGUUUGGGUUCCUGGUACAUGCUAGUUCUAAUUGCAAUGUUCAACAGCGGGGAUCUGUUAGGGCGCUAUGUCAUUCUAGUGGAACGGAUUAAGCUGAGGUCACGCAGGGGACUGAUGAUGGCAGCCCUAGCUCGAUUCCUGCUCGUCCCUGCAUUUUAUUUCACGGCCAAGUAUGGUGACAAAGGAUGGAUGAUUGCUCUCACUCUGCUGCUAGGCCUCACAAACGGCUACCUCACGGUUUGCGUCAUGACCUCGGCGCCCAAGGGUUACAAGGGUCCGGAGCAGAAUGCAUUGGGGAAUCUGCUUGUAUUCUUCUUGUUGGUUGGUAUAUGCGUCGGGGUCGUGCUAGACUGGAUGUGGCUAAUUGGUAAAAAGAAUGCAUUUUGA